CGCAGCUACCCAGAGUCAGGGCCACGGGGCUUAGGAGACCUCGGGUCAGUUCUAUAAAGGGGGUGUUUGCUGAAUGCUUCCUGUAUCUGCAGCCCCCCUGGGGUUCGGACAGGGGGUCUGGAGUAGGGCGUCACGACUAUAGCAGGGCUAGGACCCUCUUGGGCUGGGAGGAGCUAAAGAGGUCUCUGCAAGCUGUCACAGGCUCUUGGUGCUGGCACUGGCUCGGGCUUACACACACACAUACGCACAUGGACAGGGACCCAUUUGGUGGCUUUCACAGUUUCACCUUUAGGCUGAAAGCUGGCUCUGCAGGGGACAUGAGAGGCACACUGCAGACCCACCUCCUGUCCUUCUCCCUCCUCUGCCUCCUCCCAAAGGUGUGUGCCCAGCUGUGCCCAAUGCCAUGUGCCUGCCCCUGGUCACCUCCCCGAUGCCCGCUGGGAGUACCCCUGGUGAUGGAUGGCUGUGGCUGCUGCUGGGUAUGUGCACGGCGGCUGGGGGAGCCCUGCGACCAACUCCACGUCUGCGACGCCAGCCAGGGCCUGGUCUGCCAGCCCAGGGCAGGACCCGGGGGCCACGGGGCCCUGUGCCUCUUGGCAGAGGAGGACGGCAGCUGUGAGGUGAACGGCCGCCUGUAUCGGGAAGGGGAGAUCUUUCAGCCCCACUGCAGGAUCCGCUGCCGCUGCGAGGAUGGGGGCUUCACCUGUGUGCCUCUGUGCCCUGAGGAUGUGCGGGUGCCCAGCUGGGACUGCCCCCACCCCAGGAGGGUCGAGGUCCCCGGCAAGUGCUGCCCUGAGUGGGUGUGCGACCAAGGAGGGGGACUGGCAGCCCAGCCCCUUCCAGCCCAAGGACCUCAGUCUUCUGGCCUUGUCGCUUCUCUGCCUCCUGGUGUCCCCUGCCCAGAAUGGAGCACUGCCUGGGGACCCUGCUCGACCACCUGUGGGCUGGGCAUGGCCACCCGGGUGUCCAACCAGAACCGCUUCUGCCAACUGGAGACCCAGCACCGCCUGUGCCUGUCCAGGCCCUGCCCAUCCUCCAGGGGCCGCAGACCACAGAACAGGGCCUUCUAGAGCCGGGCAGGGAAUGGGGACACGGUGCGCCUGGGCCCUGUGCUAAUGGCAGAUGGCCCCUGCCCAGGCCCUUGGCUGCAGGCAACACUUCAGCUUGGGCCCACAUGCAAGACACAAAUAUUAACAUGCUGCCUGGUCUGCCUGGACCCCAACGUACAGUGUGGCUGUAAGACCUAGUCCCCUUUCCUCUAACUCACUGCUUAGGAGGUUGGCCAAGGUGUCCAGGGUCCUCUGGCCCAUUCCCUGCUAUACACACAGCCUUUAUCAAACAUGCACACGGGUGAGCUUUCUCUCCAGCUGCCUCUGGGCAAGAGAUGGGACAAGCGUUCCCUUAAUAUUGAGGCUGCAGCAGGUGCUGUACAAGAUUGGCCCUUUUUCUGGGGUAGGAUGAAGAGAAGGCACACAGAGAUUGUGGCUCUCCUGCUGCCUUUUCUGAAGUUUUGUAAAAUCGUCCCUGAAUACAAGCCUAUGUGUGA